UUUUGUGGCGAAGCUUUGGCGAAAGCUUUCCAUGGAGCUUUUGUAUGACUGUUGCGGCGCUUAAACAACAACUUGUUGUUGGCGCCGUCGCUGUGGCUGCACAGGAAUUCGGGAACUCGAUGACGCGAGGACUCGAGGAGUCGGCACUCAGACUGUUAAUUCAUUCAUCGACAGACUUUCGUGCGUUUCGGUUCAGCCUCAGCGCCAGCAGCGGAGCUAAAACAAAAUAAAGCGUACAGCAAGCAAAUCAUCAGCCCCAACAAUAACAACAAUAACAGCAAGCAGUAGCAGCAGCAGCAGCAGCAACAGCAGCCAAAUAUUCAAACGUCAAGCGCCAAACAACAGCGACAACAGCAGCACCAUCAGCAAGCCAAUUUUUUUUAUCGCGUACGCGCGCGUUUUACCGUUACAUUCGAAAUAUUUGUACACAACAAGUACGAAUUGUGUUUGUUUGUGUGCACGCGUGUGUGUGGGUGUUAAUUUUUUUUUGUUAUUGUUGUGCACCAAAUGUGCAAAGCAAGUUGGCCAAAGCCAAGGCGUUCAAUUUGUUUUCAAAUUUGUUCAUUUGAAGCAAAUCAUAUAAAAAGAAUUCAUAUUCAUUCAAACAACUUUCGUUUGUCCAAAUCGUGAGUAAAAAGUGCGGCAAUUUCUUGAGAUCGUAAAUUCACAAUAUCAAUAAAAAACACAAAACCCAAACAUUUGUGUAAACAAGCUAACGGGGCUAUUAGCGCAUCUUUGGAUUAAUUUGUGUGAACGAACCAAAAAGGGGCAGCCAAUCCAAGGCAACCAACCGCAGCAAAACCAAUUUCAGCGCACCGUCAAGGAAGUAGCAGUAGGAGUUGAAGAGCCUCAAGAUGCGACGCUCCUCGUUCACGCCCGUCUUUAAUCUGAGCACCCAAGAGCCGCUCAUCGUCGUCGAGGAGUCCAACACCGCCGAGGAUGGUGAUGAUCUCGAGGGUGCAGCUGGAGGCGUUGAUCCCAGCACUACGAAGCGUUCGAAUAGCGAUGAUUCGGAGCCAGACUCACCGGUAAAUCCGUACUUGCUCUGCCCGUUCCCAGACAUGCAGCAGCGUCGGAAGCACUCGCUGCCAUCGCUCCAAAUUACCGAGGGCAUUACGGCCAGUCAGGUGCGUCGUUUGUCCGAGGUUGGCGGCGAAACUGGCGGUCUCAGUCCAAAGGAGGUGGAGUUUUUGGCCACGCUCUCGCAGAAGGCCAAUCCGGCGGCAGGUGGCCGCCGGCAUUCGGUGGUAACCAUAUCGGCGGUCCCACCAACGCUAUUCGGACGAAAUCGGCGCGAGUCCAUUUCCGGCGUGACAUUGAGUGGCAGUCGACGUGGCAGUGUCAUCGCCGGGCCUCCUUUGACCGAUCAUCGUGGCAGCAUACACAACUUGCAACUGGACAUUAUGGAUGGGAUUGUGCAGCAGAGGAAGACGCGAUCGGGCAGCGGCGUUUGGGCGGCGCCGGUGCUACAGGAGGCGGACAGCAAUGUGCCCGUUCAGACAUAAGCUGUUGGAGGGGCAAGCACGGAGAGACGACGAAUACCCUACACUAAUACCAAUGCCAAUGCAAAAACCAAACCGACACUUACCAAGGAACCACUGACUAGGAAAUUUAUAAAUAUUUUGUGUUGUUUUCAGCCCAAUUCCCAGCCUAUUGAUCGAAAAAAAAAACGCAGCACAGUUGCUGCGAAACAGAAACCGAGACAGAAAUCCGCAGCUGCUGCAGUAGCAGAAGAAGAAGAACAUUUCCGCAAUAACAACAAGAACAACAACAAAGAAACCGCAAAUGUGGAAAUGAAACUGCAACUGGAGGCAACCGAACGUGAUAAAGAAGGACGAGACGGGACGAGCCGCGAGGAUAAAACAGCGAGCACUGGCAACAAACAAAAAAGCCACUCACAAUUUUUUUCCCUUCCUUUUUUUGCAAUUGGCAGUAAAAUUGCAAAAAUUUUCGCACACCUGCAGACACCCGCACCCCCCAUAGCCCAGAGCCCAGAGCUCGCCCAUAUAACCAACUAUCAUCCAACCACAUCCACCCAUCAACGACUACGAAACGCACUCGAUUCACCUGUCCAUAUCAUUCUGCCAGCUGAACAGCUAGCGGCAACAAUAAAAAGUGUUUGAGGCAACAAACUAAUUGCAGAAAGUAAUAAAACAGACGGAAAGCUAAAUAUGACGACAAAGUAUAUAAGGAAGAACCACCCGAGCAUUUUUUAACGUAUCUAACUCUACAAUUAAUAAAUAAAUCAACGCAGCGAUAACUAAGCAACAGAGUAACAUAUAAAUAUGCAACAACCCUCACGAGAGCCAACAACCCGACGUGGUGACAAGGGACAAGGAGCGAGGAAAUGGAAAGCGGAAAAUGGCAAAACAUAAAAAUAAACAUUCAGGAAUUGAUAAAUUAGUGUGUAAUUUAAAAAGAAAAUCAAAAACAAACAAAAUCACUCUCAAGGUGUGCAUUGGAAAAUAUUUUAUGGAACUGCUUGAACGAUUGAAGAAGUUGUAAUUUGAUUGGAGAUGAAAAAU